UGGAACCCACACCCACUUUUAUAAAAAGGCUCCAUCUGCCUGCUUGGCGCCACCAGCCAGCCAUCAGUUCCUCACGCCAGAGCUCCGCGGACAAGAGAGUGACCACACCCGCGCAACAAGAUGCCAAUGGAGAGGUCGGUGUCGCUGGCCGAGAGGAGCACCGCCGCCGCCGCCGCGCCGGCCAACGACCUCCGCUGCCACAGCGCCUCCUACGCCGUCUCCUACGCGCCCACCAAGGUGCAGCGCGCCAGGAGCACAACCUCCCUGUCGCGCCCCGCGGCGGCGACCGCCGUGCAGCGGAGCAGCAGCACGAGGACCGUCUCCGGCGCCGGCCCCGGCCCCACCCCGGGGCUGAACCUCCGGUGCUACAGCGCCUCCUACGCGGCCUCCUACAAGCCUUUCUCCGACGGCGCCGCCCAGGCCAAGGGGCCCAACGCCGCCACCACCACCGCAGCCACCUGGUCCUCCGCCGGCCGCCGCUCCCUCAACCUGAGGAGCUACACCCCGUCCUUCUCCGCAUUGGUCGACAACGAGGCCCCGGCCCCGGCCCCGGCCAAGACGGAUGACGCGGACGCGGAGCUGCAGAGGAAGAAGCGGCUGGUGGCCUACAAGGUGUACGACGUGGAGGGCAAGGUGAAGGGGUCGGUGCGGCGCAGCGUCAAGUGGAUCAAGGUCAAGUGCUCCCGCGCCGUCUACGGCUGGUGAUGAGCCGGCGAUCCAUCCAUCCAGGUUGCUCUGCCUCCGUCUGCUCCCCGGUACGAGCCGUUGUGCAGCUGAGCUAGUACAGUAGUACGUAUGAGCGCGCGCGUGUUGAUCUUCUUUGCCCUUGUGCUUCCUCCUUUUUCUUUCAUCUUCUUGUAGUAGGAUUUUUGACGGUAUUUGAUGUGGCAUAUGUACACUAGUGUGAGCGGCGCUUCUGCUCGUGGUGUCCUGCUUGUUGGCCACCGACAGAAGCUCGUCUGUGUUGUCCUUGUACAUACGGAUCCUUUCCUCCCCUUGUAUCAUCGUCUAUCUGCUUAUGUAAUAUAGACACUAUGUAGAAUAAGGUUGUGUCAGAUGUAAAUUACAUACAUACUGUUACUACUUCUAGACUA